AUGGCCGCACCCUCGAAGCGACCCGUCCGCAUUGCAGGAUGCUCGGGCUCAACCACCGACCGUCGCGAUGCUAUGCGUAUCCUCGCCGCCAACCACGCAAACGACCCAAUCGACGUGAUCAUAGGAGACUGGAUGAGCGAGGCCAACAUGACAUCCAGGGCAGCCAUGAAGCUCGACAAGCAAGCCUCCAGCUUCAUUCCGCAAGGUUCAGCAGCCCCUGGCGACGCGUACGAACCGACCUUCCUCGAGGCUCUCGAACCCGCAUUGUUGGAUAUUGCGAAGCAUGGCAUCAAGGUAGCUGUCAACGCCGGCGCGUCUGAUACGGCGCUGUUGCACGAGGUGGUUACGCAGAUGGUAAAGAGCAAGCGAUUGGAUCUGAAAGUUGCAUACGUCAGCGGUGAUGAGGUCUUUCCUGCUGUGCAGAAAGCACUGAAAGAGAAGAAGUCCAAGUUCGAGAACAUCUGCACAGGCCAGGUCCUAGAAGACUGGGACUUCGAGCCAAUCUACGCGCAGGCCUACCUUGGUGGCCUCGGUAUCGCAGCCGCCUUCGGGAAAGGAGCGGAUAUUGUAGUAUGCGGCCGCGUCUCAGACGCUUCGCCGGUGAUUGCGGCAGCUUACUGGUGGCACAAUUGGCAGCGCUCCGACCUCGUCCAGCUUGCUAAUGCUUUCGUCGCUGGCCAUCUGAUUGAGUGUUCCAACUAUGUCUGCGGAGGUAACUACACUGGGUUCAAGGAGCUCGAGUCCAAGGGCUGGGACGACAUCGGGUAUCCCAUUGCCGAGAUUGCUACAAAUGGCCAAGUGAUCAUCACGAAGAACAAAGGCUCCGGAGGUGAAGUUUCCGUCAAUACUUGCUCGAGCCAGCUGCUGUACGAGAUUCAAGGACCCUGGUAUUACAACUCUGACGUGACUGCCAUCCUGGACGAGCUGUGGUUCGAGCAGCUGUCUACCGACCGAGUUGCGCUGCGAGGCGUCAAAGCUGACCUGCCUCCUCCCACCACCAAAGUCGGGAUCACUGCCAAGGGAGGCUACCAGGCAGAGAUGCAUUGGUUCCUUUGCGGCCUGGAUAUUCAUGCGAAGGCGCGGAUGAUGGAAGCACAGAUACGCAAGAUGAUGCGGCCGUACAUGGACCGCUACACCAAGCUGGCCUUUACCAAGAACGGCUCCGUGCCUGAUAACCCUACUAAUCAGAACGGGGCUACUGUGGACUUCAGGGUAUUUGUGCAGGCGCGAGAGGCGGAAGACAUCAUGCCGCAGAAGUUCUUCAGGCCUUGCAUCGAUCCAAUCAUGGAGGGCUAUCCGGGCGCGACUCCUCACCUGGACUGGAGACAGGGGCUGCCGAAGCCUAUCUACGAGUACUAUGUGACGCUGUUACCCCAGUCUGAUGUCCAGCACAAGGUUCAUCUCUGGUCUGGUGAAACCUUCGAGAUACCCCCACCGCCGAAGACGAAGGCGUGGCCUAAGCAGCAGCCGAGCCAGGCAGUGACCGAGGGUGCGGUGGAUCUAGCGAAUUUUGGGAGAACCGUCAAGGGCCCGCUGGGCUGGAUCGUACACGCGAGAAGCGGUGAUAAGGGGAGUGAUUGUAAUGUUGGCUUUUGGGUGAGGCAUCCGGACGAGUGGGCGUGGUUGAGGUCACUGCUCUCCGUGGAGAAGAUGAAGUAUUUGCUAGCGGAUGAGUAUGUUGGAAAGCCAAUUGACCGAUUUGAGUUGCCCAACAUGCGUGCUGUCCAUUUCCUCCUGCAUGACCACCUUGAUCGAGGCGUUAGCUGUUCGAGUUCAUAUGAUUUCUUGGGAAAGAACGUAGCGGAGUUUCUACGGGCGAGGCAUGUUGAUUUGCCAGUGAGGUUUCUUGACCGGGGGAAGCUUUGA